UUCAAACAGUGCAGAGCGCACAAAAUAUACGUGUGCUGUUGAACUUUUUGAAUUGCUCGAUUGUUUUGUGCAAGACACGAUUUUACCAUAUAGAAGAGUGUUGUAAUUCAGCUACAUUUGAAUUGUGAAUCAAAUGCAGUGGAUCCCGAAUAAAGAUAAAAGCAAAUAACACAUAAAGUGCGAUUUUUUUUAUUUAAAAAGAAAAAUAAAAAUUUAAAGAAUUAUGAACAUUUGCCGCCGACUGCGAUUCCAAUAAAAUAACGAAAAAAGUGCUAUUUUACCGAACACGAAUUUGCCGAAUAAAACGAAAGACAAAAAAGAAACGGGCAUAAAUAAAUAUUUUAAUUUUUGGAGAAGUGUUACUAAUUUCGAACACCAAAUUGGUUAGCGUUUCGAACUGUAUUGAAGCUUGCAGAAUUGUUCGAGUAAAUGACUCAUUAGCGCGACGUUUUUUUUGGUUUUCUCCACACUCGAAAGACAGAAAGGCAGAUAAGAUGAAGCCGAGAUUGAUGAAACGACUGACGUGGUCAGACAUAUUUACACUAAUCGCUGUUUUGUUAAUACAAAAUGCUGUUGGCCAAUCAAACUAUGCAUCGCAUGCGGAUAACAUCAACUACGUUGGCGAAGGAUUGCCCGGAGAAGCGACUCUUGAUGGAAAAGUCACGAAAUUGGAUGAAUUGAGGCCGAUCAUCUUUUUGAAUCGGACGAGAGCGGCGUUGAAUUGUGCAGCUGGCUCGAUGCAGAUCGAGAUGAAGUUUACCGAGCCAUUUUUCGGUUUAGCAUAUGCGGAUUUUGAUCGAAAUAGUGCUUGUCAAACGCUGGGAAAAGGAGAAACUAGCGCCCGUCUAGAAUUACCUUUAAAAGGAUGUGGAACAAAACAGGAACCACAAAGAGUAUUCACAAACAAUAUUGUUGUUCGAUUUCAUCCUGGUCUUGAAAUGGACGGAGAUGAAAUCAUUACAAUCGUAUGCCGAUAUCCACCACCAAUCGCUCCACUUCCAGCAGCACCACCAGUACCAAGACGUCGAGUAGACAAGUCUGCUGUUGGUGCACCAUUAAAAGGUACUCAAUUGUUGUUUAUCGUUUGUGCAAUAAUGUUUUUGACAUUGUUGCUGCUUGGUUUGGGUGUAUCAUACUACUGUUUGAGUAGGCGCACCAUUCCAGUGGUACGUCGUUUGCCGAUAUCGAUUGGAUCUGGAUCAGAAAUUACGAAACUAAGCAGUAGUACAUACGGACAAGUUCCACCGUUGGAAGGAUUGAAAGUGCCGCAUAUCAUACCACGUGCACAUGCAAUUGUUGGCGCUGUGCCAAGCACAUCAAGCAGCGAUGAUAAUCCAUUGAUUCCAUCUGACUACCCAAGCGAAUCACAUUCAGAAGUUGAAAUUGAUACGCGAUCAUUGCCAGCCAGCUCGGGUGGAAGUUACGAUAACCAAGCUUACAUUCAAGAUAACUCAAGCAUUUACAGUGAACACUAUGGGCAUACACAAGAAUUCCAAGCGGCCAAUGCGAUUGCACAGCAAUCAUUGGUAUCACGUCUUCCGAUCGCUGUUAAGGAACCAUCACCAACAUUCGAUGUUCAAGUGCGAGUGAAGCGGCCAGCACCACAAGCUCCACUCUCGUCAUUCUCAUCGGAUACAGAAAGUUUGGGAACGAGCGUUCUUGAUCGCAAUAAUUUGUCAACGAUUAUGGAAUCACAUGAAGAUCGUGAAAGUGUUAUAACAAUUGAUUCAUUGCCACGUGAUGUUGCCCACAGUCAUUUCACCUAUGUUCCCGAAUUGCAUGCAGCACCAAAAUACGUUGAACAACCACCAAUCACAACGACCGUCACAAAAUCAUACAAAGAACAAACCGAGGAACAUUGGGCCGAAGAUUAUCCAGAUUCAGUGCCGCCACGAUCAAUUCCAGAAACGCGUAGCAUUGUAUCGACAGACACGCGCCAUGAUAUUCAUUCCAUCAGCGAAAUGGUGGACACAUCACAUUUGUACCAACAUCAACCAUAUGAAACGACCAUGUUGCCAAAUGAACAAGUCGAACGCUUGCCAGAACCACCAAUUGUUGCUCGCAAACCAGAAAUCACAUCACAUCUUGUGGACGAUGUAUUCUUGCGUACAAUUACUGAGAAGACAACCAUUGAAGAUAUUGAAAAGUAUAAGCGAAUGGUUACGGAAUACAAGGCAAAACCAGCACCGACACCACCAACCUGGGAUGUCACAAUUCGCAAUUAUCCAACAACUCAAGAUAAACCAACGUGGGAAGAUUUCUCCGAUAUUAGCAGUGCACCAUCGGUUCAAGUGGAACCGAUUAAAUACAAACAACCACCUCAAACAUAUAUUGAUGAAACUGGUGCAAAACUUACUAGUCCUGAGCUGGUUGUCAAUAUGAAACCGAUUGAGAUUCCACCAGAAGAUAAGGCCGUACCAAAUUGGGAUGUUUUGAUUCGUAUUCUUGAAAAUCAAGAAGAAACAACCGAUAUCAUUCCUCCUGUUAUUCCUGAUGAUACUAGCUCAACCCAUUCACAAACAAAUCAACAUAUUUUACAACGUCAAAUCAGCUAUGAUGAUAAGAUAAAAUGGCGUGACAUUAUUACAACUGAAUCCACGUUGCGAACAAUGCUCACCGAAGCUGUUGUUCGAGAAGACUUUGAACGCAUUCGCAGCGAUACAAGAUACGAAACAAUAUUCGAACCAACAACAUGGGAUGUUAUCAUACGUAUCUUGGCACCGCCAGAUGAUGUCGAAUUGCGAGCACCAAGACGCAACAAAAAGAAAGAACCAUGGGAUACACGAUCACGUCGAAGCUCAUUGCCAACACUUUAUGAGUAUGACAGUGAUGGCGGUUCAUCGGUGCGAACCAUUCCACAAGAUAUGCUUCCAACCGGUAGCGCAAACACUUAUCAAUAUCCACCACAAUCACGACGAACAUCACGCUCUUCAUUCAAUGCGGAACACGUUGAUAUGCGUUCAAUGUCAGAAGUUAUUGUCGAUUUCGGUCGUCCCGAAUCGGAUAAUGUAUCAGAUGUUAGCUCAUUCUAUCCAAACAGAUAUUACGACGACGAUCCAUAUGACAGACGAUCAAUUCAACGAUCAUUGAGCCAACCUAGUCUUGCCCGUUCAGCAACUGAAAUCACUGAACGUUGGGUCAUUCCAGAUGAUGUAUCCGAAGAUUCGGAAUCACCACGGAAUAGUAAUCGAUUGACAACAUUCCAACCUCGUGUACGUCAUCCACAGCAUGUAAUCACUGAAUCUCAGUUUGUCCAACAAAGUUCAUCAACAUUCCAAGCGACGAGUACCACAUCACCACCGAAGGACUGGUACGGCGAUAAUUCCAAAUAGAUUGCAUAGAAUCUCCAACAAAAUUUUGUCAAAAUAAAAAUGUCGAUGUGCCAAUUAA